UAGUAUUGUAAAUGCACUGUGAGUGUUCAUUUAAAUGGAAUCAAAUCCAUAAUUUUCACGAUUGGGAAAACUAGAAUCAGUUUCUUAAUUAACGUAAAAAAUGAUCAAAAUAGAAAUUCUGAGCAUUUCCAGUUUUUUGUCUCGUACAAGGGAGAAAUGUCAUUCAUUAAAAGUAGAUAUUUAGUAGCCAGAACAAAGUGCAAUGCAAGCAUCAAACAUAUUUGCAUUGUCCGUUCAUUUUCCAGUAUUUAUUACCAAUUUAAGUCAUAAGCCAGGCCAAAUAAUGUAAACCGGUUUCGGAAUCGGAUUAAGCGCGCUAGCCAAGAUCGCUUGAUAUUAGUAAGACACUUGAUAGCCGGAGUUGGAUAGUCACUUCGUGACUGAAUCUCAUUUGAAAUGGUCCGAUCAAGUUGGUUGAAAGUGAGAGUACUCCCGGUGCUGUGGUUCCUGUUUCAGGGGAUCCCCUUGCUGGCCAUUCGCCUAAAGCCCUGCGAACUUGCGGGUCAGCUUUACAUACUGGAUGUCCCGAAAUCGGAGCUGCCUUUGUGGCUGUGCAUUGCCGAGUUUGAGAGCCGCUUCAAUACGCACGUCGUGGGUCAGGGAAAUGCGGAUGGCUCCCGUGACUACGGACUCUUCCAGAUCAGCGAUCGUUUCUGGUGUGCACCGCCAAAUCGGACGGAGUACUAUGCCUUCAAUGAUUGCAAUGUGAAUUGCACUCACCUGCUGAGCGACGACAUCACCAUGGCGGUGCAGUGCGCUCGGCUCAUCCAGAAACAGCAGGGUUGGACGGCCUGGUCCGUUUACCCGGAGUUCUGCAAUGGCACUUUGGAGACCAUCGAGGAGUGUUUCCAGCCGCACAACCGCCACAGAUUGUGCGUUCAGCGAGUUGGACGAGGUCAAAGGUUGUUAGCGAUAGUCUGCCCAUUAUGUCAUCACUGCCGAAAUAUGUGAAUUUGUGUAUGCAAAAUUAAAAUCUUAAUUACCGUCUAUAUUCGACUUGUUUUAUUGGAUGUUUGUUCUGCGAGGUCACAGCGAGCUGCUUUCAUUGUACCCAAUUAACAGAUUUCCUCCUUCU